AUGAGAGAUACUUUAAUUGACACUCUGCUUUGGAUCAUUGCUUUCAUUGUAACUUGUAUUGCUUCAUUGGAGAUAGUACAUUCGAUCCCCAAGCCAACCAAUGAUUAUUCAAGGUAUUGGAGUGAAAAUGCAAAAUCCACUGAAUUUAAUGUUUCGGAUUGUUGCAUAGCGACAAUAUUCGACUCCUCAACAUAUAGAAAUGCUGUUGCUCUUGGAUAUUCAUUACAACAACUUGGAAUUCCUGGAAUCAGAGCAUAUAGCUUCUCACAGAGCUUAUUUAGCGAUGACCAGCUAGCAAUACUGAAUCAUUUGUAUAACUUCACGCACUAUUCACCCAGUAAUCUAAGCGGAAGCUCUUCAGAUGAGUUAUAUUUUUCGCUUAAUGAUUGUAAUGCCGUUAUUGCAGUAAGUCCACGGGGCGUGUUUUAUAGUUUUCCAUACAAAGCAUGCCUUUCACCAGGAUUUUCAGCUGUUCCACAAAGCCAAGAUAUUACUUCGUACGAUCCUUCUUUUAUUGUCAUAAAUCCGAAUGACAAGCAUGAUUUCCAUAAUGUUAGCAAAGGAUUCUUGCAAAACCUCCAAGAAUGGCAUUCAUUAUCUCCUGAAUCCUCAGUUGAAGAUUACGAAAACCAUUUUUUGGACUUUUGGACUCGGUUUGGUUCUCCAGCAUACGUUCAUUACGAUUCAAGCAUGUAUGAUACAUAUCUUGCAAAUAACAAAAAAGUUGGUACCUCAAGCAGACUAUUUGCAAUGAUAAAGAACAUACUAAUAGAGACAGAUCAGAGUGUCAAAGCUUACUGA